CUGCAACUUUAAAUUCUUCUUGUCCCUGGAUUUAAGAUCUAACCCAUCAUAAUAUAAGCCCACAAUACCUUUCUCAUCCCAUGCAUGCUACAUUAUAGCAAAAAGUACUUUUAUUUCUUUUCAUCAUUUUUGAUGCAGAACAGCACAUCUAGAUGGAGGCAUUUGUAGAGAAGAUGAAACAACAGUACUUGAUAAAGAAUCUGAGUGGGUAUAGAAUAGAGAAGGCUUAGCUAAUGGAUCCGCAUGAACAAUGACAAAGAGAAAGGAAAAGAGAGGGGAAAAAACAGAGCAUAACUGAGAAGGAUGGCCAAGACAUAUAGAGAGGAGAAGAGGAAGAACAGAAAGCCCUAUGAGAAGAGGGAGAGAGUAAGUGACCAGCUGAAUCGGAGAAUGGACAAGUACAAGUGGAAAGUAGGGGGAGGAGAGACAUAACACAAUGAACACAAACAGAAUGCAAGAGAGGGGAUCAUGAAAAGCAGGAAAGAGCCAGGGUUUAUUAGAAGAGGGAGGGGGAGGGAAAUAUAUAGAGGGGUAGAUAUAAGUAGAUUAGAAUGCCCAUUUCUUACCUUUUAGCCUUCUCUCUCCUUUCUGCUUUCCCUGCAAUGCCAAGCAACAAGUCACAGGUGAUCGGAGCACAGAUCUUGUCCUUGUCACAUACCUAAAUGCAGACACAUUCACUGAGGCAGCUAUAAAGCAGGGCUGGCACACUGAUGGCAAAGUGAGAAGCACAGAAUGAAUCUGAACCUGUGGAAAUGUACAAUCAGAGACAGUAGAGAGUAGGCAGUGGAAUUCAAUGAGAAUGAGGGGCUCACUCUGUAUGUAUGUAUGCUUAUAGUACUACAACCACAAAGGGCUUAAGUUUCAUACAGCAAAUACACUGCAAGUAACCGUCACAUGGGACAGACUGCGCCAAAACAAAGGAUAUGCUUACAUUUUAACAGACAUGUGUAGGCAAUGGCAAAACUGUAUACCAUCUAUUAAGACCAGGUAAAUCCCAUAGUUUUCUAAGGAAACUAUUCCUGAGAGCAUGACACCUUCACUUCCUUGGAUACCUACAACUCUACCCUCUGCCUCUGGUGUUAUGUCUAUACGAGGUCCUGGGUGGGGGGUAGUGUACGGAAUAAUCUGUGGCUGUGGGGUACUGUGCAAUGGACUGGUUCUAGCAGUGCUGCUCAGCUGCCGACACACUCUGGUGUCUGACCUGUAUGUGAUGAACCUGGCCCUGGCUGACCUACUCUCUUUGCUUGGGAUGCCCCUUCUUAUCCAUCAACUGCUCCAUGACAGAGGCUGGGUUUUUGGAGACAUCCUGUGCCGUGCUGUGACUGCCCUGGACCUUAACAACCAGAUCACAGGUGUUGGCAUCAUCACUGCUCUCUGUGUGGACAGAUACGUGGCAGUGGUGCACUCAGCCACCAUGGGCCAGCGACGGAGUGUACGCUGUACGUGGAUAGUUACUGGCUGUGUUUGGCUAUGCUCACUUCUCCUCAGCACACCGGCCCUCCUCUACUCUGGGGUGCAAUGGGGAGAUGGAGUGGCUCUGUGCGUUCUGGAUCUUCCUGGAGCUCCUCCAUCGCUAUAUUGGUACACAUUAAUGCACAGUCUCUUGACUUUCCUCUUGCCAUUGUCGGUCAUUGUAGUAUUGUAUUCCCUCACCCUUCAUCAUCUUUCUAGAGUUAUGAGGAGAGUUCAAAGGGCUCCAUCUCAGCGCAGCCGCAGAGUCACCAAGAUGGCUCUGGCUAUUGUUGCUGCAUUCCUAUUUUGUUGGGCUCCUUUCCAUGCAGUGCAGCUUGUCAAUCUUUUCUCCAGUGGGCCUCCUUCAAUAUCUACUUUCUACCUCAAUCAAGCUGCUAUUUGCCUGGGCUAUGCUCACAGCUGUGUCAGCCCUUUGCUGGUCAUCUGCUGCACUGAGGGCUUUCGGGAGAGGUUGCCUCAUGCCCGGUGUUGCCGUUUCCUUUUCCGUCGCUGGGCAGGAUUCUGGCCAAUUUCAGCCUUACCCCACCAUGCACCAACUUCUGCUGUUAACAGUCCACCUCUUGAUGGAUCGUGCACCCCUCAGCAUCGAAGAAGGACAAUACAUUUGGAGACUCCACCAUGUUCCAUCACUGAAAGCACUAGGAUCAGUCUGGGAGUAAGGGAUGAGAGCAGCGUUUUAUGAUCAGCACAAAAAUACUACAGCUACAGAUCCUCACAUAUUUUUGCCCCAGAAAUAACACAAAGCAUCCAGUCGAAUUCCAGGUAUCAAUUUUCCAGUACAAUUUAGACAAGGGAUGCAGAUUUCAACGUGCUGGACAAGAAUUAGCUGUGCAGUAAUUGUUUUAUUGUAUUUUAAAGUGUUUAAACCAAUAUCAUUAGUGUACAAUGUUGCAAACAACUUGUGUUCCAGUGAAUUGUCUUCUCAGGUUUAUUGUUCCUGGAAUUAAAGUUGCAGUGUUUUCUUUGGUUUAAAGGGCAACUCCAAGCAAAAAGCAAAACUGGCCAAUAGCUUCUGCAAAGAACUGGUAGCUCCCAAUCACCCACAGAGCUCUGUUUACAUGGCCAGUAUUCAUUCAUAUGGCACUGUCUAUUUGGGCAGGACAUACUGUCAUGUCAGCUGGCCUAAAGGGGUAUUGCAACAAAAGCAUGAACAGACAGCAAAUAUGCAUGGGAUGGAUUCAUUAAAAGAUGACACGAGAAAAUAAGAGCAAAAGUUGUUAACAAGAACUCUUUUUUCCCUUCUCACAGUUUUAAUGUAUCAUCCCCAAAGUUUGCUUACAUUUUUCUGAGCUUAGGUACAGUAGCUUGAAAAAAGUAUUCAUACCCCUUGAAAUUUUUCUCAUUUUGUCC